GUAUUCCGUGCCGCUCCUUAAACCGCUACAAAAAGCUAGCGUUUCUAUUAAACAGCAAAAUCGUGCCGGAGGCGAAGUUCUUUCUGUCUCAGCUGGGCACCAGAAAAGUGUCUAAGGCCGAGGAAAUGUGUCUGUGGGCGAAUGUGCGAUAAUAAGACGGAUCCUGCUGUCGGGUGGCAGAGCCGACAAAGCAAGAGGGUCAUGCAGUGGACAUGAGGUCAAGAGGUCAUUCCCCUGCAUUAAUCCACAGCACUCCAAGCUUACUGCACGUUCUCUUUCACUGUAAUGCCUGAAGCGACCCAUGAGGCAUCGGAAAGGUCCUGCCAGCGGGCCUUCCUAAAGCCAGGGGCUUUCCCAGCCCACUCAUGCCUGUGAUCCCGAUCCCGCGGCGGGUGCGCUCCUUCCAUGGCCCCCACACCACCUGCAUGCACUCGGCCUGCGGUCCGGCGCGCACCUCCCAGCUGGUGCGCACCAAGUACAACAACUUCGACCUGUACCUGAAGUCACGCUGGAUGUACAGCUUCGUCCGCUUCCUGCUCUACUUCGGCUGCAGCCUGUUCACCUCCCUCCUCUGGGUGGCGCUGUCGGCGCUGCUGUGCCUGCAGUACGUCUCCGUGCGAAUCUUCUUGCGCCUGCAGUACAAGCUGUCGGUCAUUCUGCUGCUGCUGGGGCACCGGCGGCUGGACUUCGGCGUGCUGAAUGAACUCUUCAUCUACAGCAUGCACGUCACCAUGUUCUUAGUGGGCGGCUUAGGCUGGUGCUUCAUGGUGUUUGUGGACAUGUAGGUGUCGUUGAUGACGCUAAGUUUGAGCAUCGACAGUGAAAAAAAGUGAUGCACUGAUAUUACUCCAUUUAUUUUCACGUGAAUUUAAUAUAUUACAUCAGCCGGGGAUGCACGAUGGUACCAGAACAGAACUGGCAUUAGCAGAUUGUUUAAAAAAUGACCAACACUGGGCUGAUGCUCAGAUUGGAGCCAUAAUUCAUAUUGAUAUUCGGCGCAUUGAUUUUACAAUUCAGAAUUUUGGAUUCAUCUUUCAGAUGUUUGUAGUCAGUGAAAAUCCUAUUCACAGAUAAUCCAAUGCAUAAAAUGAUUCUAAUAUGUUCAUCCAGGUCUCAGAUAGUUAGUAGGAAACUUAGAAUCUGAACAAAAAUUAGAUGCUUUCAGAACAAACAGAGCUGUAGAUCAUUCUGAAAUGAGAAAGUUGCAAAACAUCAAGAAUUUCUAAUUUCUAAUAAAGUUAAUAUUCAAAAUUAACUGUAUUUGAAAAAUGAUCAAAUCUUGAGCUUGAUAGAUCAUUAUAUAUAACUAUGAUUUGAUCAUUAAAUAUAAUUAUAUAUUACACGUUGUCAAAAAAUCUCCAAAAUGGUAAUUUUACAAAAGAAAGAAAAACAUAAAAGCUAAUGGAAACAAUUAUUUUCAAAGUUAUUUUCAAGCAUUUCUAUUGGAUGAUUCAUCACAAUAUUUGAUAUCAAUAAAGAGCAGCUGAAGUUUCAGAUUCAAAAAAAAUAAUUAAGUGACAAAAAUGAGAUGCAGUUUUGUUCAGACAGUGAUGACAUAUAACUUUAUAGUUACAUAUAAUACUAAUGAAAUAUCAAUUUUAAAAUUUUAGAAUUUUAAAAAGCAGUUGUAUGUAAUGGUCGUGCCCUACGAUGGACUGACUGGUGGCCUGUCCAGGGUGUUGCCUGCCUUCCGCCCAGUGACCGCUGGGAUAGGCUCCAGCACCCCCUGCAACCCAGGAGGACAAGCAGUUUAGAUAAUGUGUGUGUAAUAAUUAAUUUAUAAUUUCUUGUUAUUUUAAAAAUCUUUGAAAUAUGAACUAAAACAUCUAAAAAACGUUUAGAUGUAUAAGUUUUUAAAAUAAAUAAUGAUUAAUAGGAUAUGUAAUUGGAGACUAUUGAACGGUGGGAUACUGCGCUAAAAUGUUUGCAUGUCACUAAUUUUAUUAAAUGUAUUCAGAAAUAAACAUUGCAUUUCUCUGUAAUGCUGACACAAACAGACAUAAUCUCAAUCUCAGUAGUUUAAAAUGUACGAUAUAUAAAUAAAUUCAUGAAUAUCAGAUGUCGACAUCAGCCCAGUGCAGAAGUCCAGAGAGGCCAUGAGGUAGUUAUAAUUUUCUGGACUGUUGUUUGGAGAUAACAAGUUAAUUAUCUUGUUAUCUUGAAAUAACAAAAGUUGUUACCUAGAGAUAACAACUUAAUUAUCUUGUGAUCUCAAAAUAACAAAGUUGUUAUCUUGAGAUAACGAGUUAUUUAUCGUGUUAUCUCGAGAUGACAUUGUUAUCUUAAAAUAACGAGUUAUUUAUCUUGCUAUCUCAAAAUAACAGAAUCUUGAGAUAACAAGUUAUGUAUCGUGUAAUCUCAGGAUAAAAUUGUUAACUUGAAAUAGCAAGUUACUUAUCUUGUUAUCUUGAGAUAACAACAG